AGCUAAGGCUGUACUGCUGAGGCCGGCGGGACAGAGGGGUAGUGUGAGGAGGCAGGCAGGCAGGCGGUCACAGCGCACGGGGUGUUAGGAGGUGAGAGUAAAGUGAGGCGAAGAGAAGCGCGGCUGCCUUCCUGCUCCGCACAAGUGAGGAGGCACCCCGGGGGGGCAACAUGACGGCGUGGCUGAGCUUCCUCGUCGUGUUUCUCUGCAGCUGGAGCCUGCGGGACUUGGUGGUGGAGGCUUGCACUUGCGUCCCCAUCCACCCGCAGGACGCGUUCUGCAACUCCGACAUCGUGAUCCGAGCUAAAGUUGUGGGGAAGAAGCUUAUGAAAGAUGGACCAUUUGGAACAAUGCGGUACACAGUCAAGCAGAUGAAGAUGUACAGGGGCUUUCAGAUAAUGCCACAUGUUCAGUACAUCUACACAGAAGCCUCUGAGAGUCUUUGUGGAGUCAAGCUGGAGGUCAACAAGUACCAGUAUCUAAUUACAGGCCGUGUGUAUGAAGGGAAGGUUUACACUGGCCUGUGCAACUGGUAUGAGAAAUGGGACCGGCUGACUCUGUCCCAGCGUAAAGGACUGAAUCAUCGUUAUCAUCUGGGUUGUGGAUGCAAGAUUAGGCCCUGCUACUAUUUGCCCUGCUUUGCAACCUCCAAGAAUGAGUGCAUUUGGACAGACAUGCUCUCCAACUUCGGCCACUCGGGAUACCAAGCGAAGCACUAUGCCUGCAUCCAGAGGGUGGAAGGUUACUGCAGCUGGUACAGAGGAUGGGCGCCUCCGGAUAAAACGAUAAUCAAUGCCACAGAUCCCUGAGCACGCUAUCCCUUCCUUAUCUCCCCUCUCCCUUACUUGUGGCUGAUCUUCCUUUGGACACUAACUCUUACCAGAUCAUGAUGAUGACAAUGAAAUUAGUGCCUGUUUUCAUGCAAAUUUUAGCACUUCGAACACUUAAAAAAAAAAAAAAGGAAAAAAAAAAGAAAAGAAAAAAUGUCUGUGCUACCUUACUGAAUUUGUAGUCACCUUUUCCAUUUUUUGAUACCACUCAUUUUGAUCAGAUGACAUUUGGGAGCUUACUUUUGCACACCAGAGGGAAAACGGGAGGGAAAAAUAAAAGGCAAAAAAGCAAAAAAAAAAAAAAGCAAAAAGCUGGAGCUCUUGCUCUCUUACACGUAUCAUUAGCUGUAGCAAUAUAAUCUCUAUUUUUUUAGGAAAACAAAAAUCUAAAAACUAUGCCAGUUAGGCACUAUAUUCUUCUAUGCGCUGGCUUCCCAUCACCCCUCCUCAUGUGCUAAGUGCUGAAAAUACGUAGACAAAUCUAUUUGAAGGAAAACAGGAUCCAUUAAUCAGAUUGGCAAAUGAAGCAAACUGAAAAGAAACCCAGCCUAAACUGUGGAAAAAAUGACAUCCAGAAAAAUCCUCCUCUAUGGGAGAGAUUGGCAAUGUGAUUGACUCCAGCAGUGGGAGAAUUCACCUGGUGUCUGACAGCAUCAUCUGGUAAAAGCAUUGUGGACUGAUUGUCCUAGCUCAUUCAGUCACAGUGUGGAUGCAACAGCACAUUUAAAGUUCUGGCUUUCUCCAGAACAAAAGAAAGAGUAUUUUGUAUUUUUGUUGCUGUUUAAAAAACAAAAGCCCCAUCCCUAUUUUCAGGGAGGUAAAUCUGCCUACAGCAGAACAGAUGAAGUGCUGUGCCAUCCUGUUUUGAGCAGCAUUGGCCCCUGAAUUUUUUGCAGCUUAGCUUCUACAGCAAAACCAGCUUGUGAACACCUUCAACCAAACAGAUGCAAAAUGCCAACUGUAAAUCAAUCACAUAGAAGAGGGAAAGGGGAGACUUGCUAGAGCUCUUACUAUUAAAAACAAAAGAAGUCUAUUGCCAAAAUAGUGUUUUGCUGAACUAAGAUGUAUAUACACAUAAUGACAUAAGCUAUUUUUGACAGGACAUGGAAUUUUUUUGGCGUUGUAAACAAAAGAAUGGUUUGAUUGUGUUUUAAAGACAGAAAUAUUGACAUUCCGAGUCAGUGAGUUGUUUUUAAGAUAAUUGAAGCUCCAGUGUAUCUGCAGUAGUGGCUACAGUCAUUGUUUCCUCUGUACCUCCCUGCGCCACAGUUCCUCCCCUGCAGCUACACUAGCUGCAUCUGUUUAUAUAGUGAAAGGAAGUGGGUGAGGCACUACGCAAGGAAAAGUGGUCUCCUAAUAAGUGCUGGCUGGGAUCAUAAAAUCUCAGCUGCCCAGAGGAUUCCUUCUGUGUCAAGUGCUGUGUUUCCCUCUAGGCACCGUUAAGCAUAGCUCUCUGCAUGUGCUCAUACCAUGUCCUGCAGUGAUGUGGGAGGAGGAGCCUUACUGUCUUGUGCUUUGCUGUUGACUGGAGAAGUUUUUUUCGUUCUAUUUUGUUUUUUAUUAAGAAAACUAUAAUAUAAUUUUUCUUAUCAAAUAAAAGUAUUUUAAGUUUUAAUGAUGGUGAAGAAGGGGUGCUGACGAAAUGGGUGACUUGAGUUUUGGAUGGGGAGGGCUUGGGCAGGGAGAAGAUUAUGCUUAACUUCAUUUUUGUAUUAUUAUGAUUAUUUAUCUUAAGUUUCCAUAUAUCUUCAGUUCAUUCCACUUAGAAAGCAGAGCUGCCACCAGCAGGAAAAAGCAUUGCAGUGAUUCUAGCUCAAGGCAAUACAACAUUUUAGAGUCAGUGACCUCAAUUACUGGGGAGUUGUUUGGGACCUCUUUGCCAGAAGGAAAAGAAGGGGUGUCUGAGAUGGGCCUUGAUGCAGUUUAAUGUUCCUACAUCCUCUGAAAUGCCCCAUUUACUAGAGAUGAUUGUUGCAGGAAAAAGCAUGUAGCUUCAUGUUUGACAUGAACUUUAAAGGGCAUUUUCAAAGAGUUGGUGUAAGAGGUGCCUAGAUCUGCUGUGUGUUUUUUGUUUCAAGCUGCUUAGUGGCAACACAGCACCAUACACAUUGAAAGUGUUGGAUUUUCCUGUGCUUCAGGCUUGGAACACUUUUCAGAAGUCCUCUUCCCAGUGACUACUCCUAAAUUGCAUAGGAUCAUGUUGUGGGUCAGAAUGUCGCCUCUUUUGGCAGAGUACAAGCCUGGGCUUUGGUCAUAAUGGGACAAUCUCUGUUCAAGCUGUGCACAGCUGACAAAAUCUCUGAGAGUCACUGAGGACGGAGUGGAGUCACCCUCACUGUUUGCAUCGUGUGGAGUCAGCAUCGCCAGAGAUGGCCAUCCCCAGGCUCAAGAUGACAUUGCAAAGCUGACGUCUCUUUGAGCUGCAGCCACCUUUCAUGGCUUUGGAAGGCUAAAUGAAAAUGCCCCUCGGUGCAGUGAAGUGUUGAUUUGAAUUUUCAUUAUACUGCAGCUCUGCAUAUUUUACCUAUCACUGAUCCAUUUAGCUAAGCUGAGACAUCACAGUAUUGCACUCAAAUUAUUGUGAGAAUAUUUGCAUUCUAGUACUAAGAGGACAUGUGUCCCUAAGUAGGAUAUAAUAUAGCUAUGUGCUUUGUGAACAACAAACCAGCAGAUGCAUUACCAGAAAAUGAAGUGUAUUCCCAUUUUAUAUUGCAGAUGGUGAAAUAUUUCUGAGAUGCAGACAGCUAGAACAGCAGGGGUAGGGAUUUGGUAGCAAAUCUUUCCCCUUGCUGUGUAAAGAAACAGUUGCUAAGGCUUUUAAAAAUGUGGAGCCAAAAGGAGGGGGGAGAAUCCAGUAAAAAUACAUUUCUUUUGGGAGGCUUCUUGAUUUUGUUUCUGUGCAUGCUAUCAGGGACAUCGGUUUCUUGGGCUAAGCUUUAGAUUGUGCUUCUGUUAAGAAUCUGAAUGAAGGCUCCCUUGAAAUGGGAUGGGGCCUUUAAAUGGAUUGAAGAGGCUCUAAAUCAGACUCAAAGACUUCUUCCUUUCUAUCUGCUCUCCUUUUUUCUGUCUUGCUAAGUCACUUCUGCCUGCCAAUGGACAAAACUCUGUCCCUCCUUACAGCGGACCAUGCAAUAUGCGGGAACACGAGGCAUGGUGAUGUGAGGAGGCAGGUGUGAAGUUCUCCCCAAACUGUUAGGCUGUGGGGCAUACAAUGCUUUGCAGCAGCACAGGUAUCUUCCUGUCACCUCUGACAAGCUCCUCACUUCGCCCCAUAGCCUAAGGUCAGACUCAGUGGCACAGCUCAUGUGAGCAUGACCUUUGGACACAUACAGAAUUAGGGCUUCCCCCCUCCAUGCUUUAGAUAUACCAACAUUAUUAAAAGUACUUUUUAAAAUGCAUAGCUCAUUUCUAGACUGUUGCUGAUGGCUUUCUGAUUUACAGAUAUUUCCUUUGGAGUGUUUUUCCCUUUAGAAUUACAAAAAAACUAUGAAAAAAUAUAUUGACUGUUUGGGAAAGAUGGGAUUUGAUUUGCCUUUUCCGAAAUGGAGGGGGUAGGGGGCAAAGGGAGACUUGUGUGUGGAGUACCUUGAAUACAGUUCUCCUGUGCGAGGCUUCUGCCUCCCCUGCAUAGGACAGAAUUGCCGUUUAGGUCUAACUUUCCCAUGUUUUGAAGAGUUAUAUGGCCCUUCAGGCAGGACUAUUCUAAAACCUAAAUCUAUGUGGCUGUAUCCCAUUCAUACUUGGCUGAAGUGAAAUGCUACCUCACAUUGAAGGGCAGCAUUCUGUUGUGUUUUUUACAGUAAAGACUGUUUGAAGUAAAGGGCUCCAUGGGAACAAGUUUCUAUUCUUUCAGAUGUCUCUGAAAGUGUAUCUCACUUGCUAUGUAUUUUAUAGCUUAGAAGGGCAGAACAAAAUUUAGUGAACUGCAAAACCCUUGUCUUUUUUAGAAUAAGUGGCUUUUGGGGCUACCAGUCUUGAGAACAAUCUUUGCAAUCCACUAAACAUUUGCUGCUGCUUUGCCUGUACUGGCUUUUCCUUCUCUCUGUCACUGUCCUUCCUUCAUAGAGCUGCUCUGCUGUUCCUGAUAGUCAUGGAAACUUGGGGAGGGAACCAAACCCGUGUGAAAAAUCUUGUCCAGAAGGAAUGUAUUUGUUGCUAAAUUUUCUAGCACUGUUUACAGUUUUCCUCCAUGUUAUUUAUAAAUUUUAUAUUCAGUGAAUGUAUAUUGUCUUUUAAGGUAAUGUUGCAUAAUGUUCACUUUUUAUAGUGUCCUUUUAUUCUAAACAGUAAAGUGGUUUUAUUUCUAUCACAGACA